AUGAUACGAUCCAUUUCGGCCUCGAAGCGGCGCAUUGAUCCCAAUAACUUGCUGUAUUUUCCCAGGAAAAAUCCAGCUUCGGCCCUCGACAUACAAGCAAUGGCGUCUCACUCUACCUACUACGACCGGCGACUGCGGCAAGGCCCAGCCCUCGUCCGAGCCAGACGACCAUAUCUCUUCAGAAACGCCGCCACAGGACUUGGCCUCUUUGCGCUUGUCUCGGGGAUUUACUACUAUACAAUCAAUGCCGUUGGCCAGGACGAUUUCGCCGACGUCAAGGUGCCCGACGAGCCUCGAAAGCCGGCCCAGGCUAAAUAA